AUGUCUGAUUUAGAUAAUGUAGUUAAGACUCCUGUUAUGUUUAGGGUUUGUUCUGUUGAAGUAUGUAAGGUUUCAGCCCAUGCUCCCCGCACCGAAGCCGACGAUUCGUCUUUGAAAGCCACCAUUCGCUACAUGGAACUGAAGAUUCGCGCCUUAGAACAAGGUAAGAGUGGCAGUGUUAGUGAUCAGUGCAGUGACCCCAGUGUUGUGGAGGGGGCGUCUGACCGGCUCCGUAGUGCUUUCAGGCCUAGACCUCUUCCAGACUCCCAGUUCCAGUGGAGGAGGAAAGUCGACAGCCGCAGGAAGGCUAGGGAGAGCCCCCACAGGUCAGGCGUCCCUUCGGCAGAUCCUGAAGAGCGUUCCCAGGCUGCCUCGGAUCGUAUCAAGGAGAUCCUUCGUCAAUGCUUCUCCUCCUCUUCUUCGCCCUCACCGAAGCGCGGCUUGAACUCCCCAGAUGCUUCUCGCCCUUUGAAGAGAGCUUGGAAGGCGCCCUGCAGCCCUUUGGCUUCCAGCCCGGAUGUUUUUCCUGAGGAGCCCUCGCCGGACGUGAAGAGGCCCAGAAGAUCCAGGGACUGCUCUUCUACGCGCACGCCUCUCUCUGCUUCUUCGAAUGAAGAGCCUGCGAAGUCCCCUACUAGCGUGCUUGCCGGGCUCCAAGUGCAGAUCUCGGCCCUUGCUGACUCCUUGGCUAGUAGAUCUCGUAGAAGGAAGGACGUCUCGCUGCCAGUCAAGAGAUCUAGACGCCCUUCUUCUGACACGCGCUCUCCUCGUUGUAAGCUUUCUUCUCUGAAGGCGGCGGAUUCUUCCGAUCGAGGGGUCUCGCGUGAGUGGCUCCCCUCCCCUGGCUGCCUCUCUUCCUCGUCCAGGCGCCAGGUAUCUGGCAGGCGCUCAUUUGCUGGCGACGAAUCUUCACCGGACAGGCUCCCUUCUUCUGGCAAACGCUCUUCACCUGUCAAACUCUCUUCCUCAAGUGUGCGCCCUUCCUUGGACAGACGCUCGUUGCAGAGUAGGCACCGAUCUUCGACUCCUUCAAGACGUUCUUCUCCUUACAAGCACCAAGAACCUCGCAGGCGACUGUCACCUGGUAGGCGCUCGUCGCCUGGCAGCCGCUCUCCUUUCGAUAGGCAUCAAGAGCCUCGUAGGCGCCUCUCUCCUGUUAGGCGCCCUUCUCCUAGCAGGCGCCAAGAGCCUCGUAGGCGCCUUUCGCCUGGUAGGCGCUCUUCACCUAAUAGCCGCUCUCCUUUGAAUAGGCAUCAAGAGCCUCGUAGACACCGUUCGCCUGGUAGGCGCUCGUCGCUUGGGAGGCGCUCUUCUCCUGACAGCCGCUCUCCUCUGGUUAGGCACCAAGAGCCUCACAAGCGCUCUACUCCUAGUAGGCGCUCGGACCCUAAUAACCGCUCGCCUCGCGACAGGUGCCCUGACUCUCGCAGAGGCUCUCCGCCCCGUAAGCGCCCGGCUUCUGGAUUCGAUUCUCCCCGUAGUAGAAGCCAAGACUCUCCCUCUUUCAAGAUUUCGUCUAACUCGAAACGGGAGUCUUCUCUCAGACAGUUCAGGCCUGAUAGGCAUUCCUCGGUUUCUUCUUGUCGAUCCCCUGUUGAAAGGACUUCUCCGGUACGACGACAUGCAUCGGUUGGACACCCUUCUCCUGAUAAGACCGCAUCUUAUUCAAAGGAUCCUCGUUCACCUGUACAAGAAGACCAGGAUGGCUCUGACGACGAGGCUAACAAGACGGCAGCUGUCUCUUCGUACAAGAAACUGACUGAGCUAUUGCUUCAGGAAUUUGGAGAUUCCCUUAGCCCUACCGCUCCUCCGUCUCCUCACUCGUUGUUUUCGAAGUCCAAGGCAACGAAGGGAUCCUCCUGUGUUAGGAUGAAGCCCACCUUAUCCAUGAAGAAAGCACUUAGGAGCUUUGGAUCUUGGCUGCUCUCCAAAGAAGAAGCAGGGAGGAUGAUGUUUGCCUUUCCACCGUCUAAACUGUCUGGGCGUACUGGUUUUUGGUACGAGACAGGAGAACCAUUGGGUCUGGGUCUCCCAUCUUCAGCCGACGCAGAUUUUUCAGCACUAGUAGAUGCGACCAGGAGAUCAGCUCUUAACUCGGCAAAGACAAUGUGA